CAGGAAGUCUAAAUGUACAAGGAAGUGUGUGUGUGUGUGUGUGUUGUGUGAAGAUCCGACAGCGAUGAAGUUGGAGGUGAAAGUUGACGUCGUGAAGCUCUUCUUGCUUUUUCUGAGCUUCGUCCUUCUGGCUCUGGGUUUGGGUGUGGCCUGUUGUGGCGUUUGGAUCUGCUUUGACUCAGGAAGCCUCAUUGGCGCCGUCUCUUCCGAUGAGCUCCAGGCUGUGGGUGCGGGGCUUCUGUUGAUUGGCAGCCUGGUGAUGGCGUGCAGCCUGGUGGCGUGUUUAGGUGCCUGCUGGGAAAACAGAAUUCUAAUGCUGAUUUGUGCGUGUGGGGUGCUGUUCCUGUUCCUGUGCUGCGUGAGCCUUCUCCUGCUGCUGCUAAUCAGCAAAGGUCAGAUUCAGGAGCACGCGGAUGCGGCGGUGGGUCGCAUGAUACGCCGUUACCAUGGCAACGGGACCAAAGACCGCCUCCUGGACAACCUGCAACGCCACGGGGCGUGCUGCGGCCUCACGGACUCCUCCGAUUGGCUGCAGAAUUCCUUCGUCCAGAUGCUCAACACGAGCGCGACGCGCGUGCUUCCUUGCUCAUGUUUCCGCUCGCAUCGACCUAACUUGGAAUCGACGCCCUGGUGCUCGCCUGACCUCAACGUCACGCACGCCGUUGCGCACGCCAACCGCACUCACACGCAGGGCUGCGGCGAGCAGCUCAGCGAUUGGCUGCACGAGAACAUCGUGACCGUCGUGGGUAUGGACGUCUGCCUGAUGGCGGCGCAGGUCCUGCAGUUGGCGCUGGCCGUGGAACUCUGGAGGAUUUUGAGGACGACCAAUAAGAUGACGGAUGCUGACCACGCCCAGGUAGGUCACACAGCCACCCGCAGUGAUGAUGCUGACUCCGCCCACUGGGUCCCAAGUCGGCCAGUGGACUUUUGAACUUCCUGCUGGUGUGGCGAUUCACAACAUCAGACGGGAACUGAGGGGCGGAGCUUCCACCUGCCUUGUCAAGAGUGACAUCCCGGGAGCAAACAUCCCAGGACACGCCCCCCCCCCCCCCCCCCCCUCCCUUUUUUGGGAACGUAUCCUGCCGAGCAUCAACUUCCUGCACCUGACUGCUCGGACAUGAUGAGCCUUGCCCCGAUAUGGAGUGCGCCUCCCUUUAAGAGCACAAAUGUACUUCCUGCAUCUGUUUCUGUCUUCAGCCCCCCUACCAUGUGGGGAUUGCAAGCUUUUGUCCAACAGCAUUACCCACUUUGUGGAAGUGAAAUGACUAACAAGCAAGCGCAUGUUGCAACACCUGCAAUAUAAUAAAUCAAUGCCCACUUGU